UUAGUAUUUUCUGCUAUAAAAAGAAACUAGGCUCAUUCGAUGACAGGCAGCUGGUGGGGAGGUGCAGGUAUAUUCAUUACAGUAAAUAAGGGCCAAGUCUGGGCUAUGAGCAGCUUCCUUCACCCUUGAUAGAUUUUCUUGGGACUUCGUACCACACUUACAAUCCAUUCCAACGACAUUCAU